GAAGGGGGGGCUAGGAGCAGCUAAAGGGGCCUGGUGGUCAGUUUGCCCUCAGAGAAGCAAGAAGCACCCUCAGCGCUCUCUGGGAAGAGGGGACAAACCAUUUCGGUCCAGAGCCAUCAUGUCCAUUAGUGGUUUCACCUUCAAGGACAGGUGUGUGUCCGUGCUCUGCUGCAGAUUCUGCCAGCAGGUGCUGAGCUCGCGGGGGAUGAAGGCCGUGCUGCUGGCCAACACAGAGAUGGACCUGUACUCCACCGACAUCCCACCCACCAGUACUGUUGACUUUAUUGGAAGCUGCUAUUUCACUGACAUCUGCAAAUGCAAACUGAAGAACAUUGCAUGUUUAAAGUGUGGCAAUGUUGUAGGUUACCAUGUGAUUGCUCCAUGCAAACCUUGCCUGCUGUCCUGUAACAAUGGCCAUUUCUGGAUGUUUCACAGCCAAGCAGUCUUUGGUAUAAACAGACUAGACUCCUCUGGUGUGAAUUUACUGCUUUGGGGCAAUUUACCAGAUUUGGAUGAAAGCACUGAUGAAGACCUGUCUGGCAUCUCUGAGGAGGAGUAUAUCAGAUAAAUAUUAUCAGCAGUGUAUUCCCUUGUUACCUUGUAUUGCAGCUUUCUUCCCACUGUCUUAAUGUACAAACUCAAGCAAUACAGUAAACAGGAAGGCUGGCAAACCGUUUUUCAGAAAGGGUAUAAUGUAACAUGCCUUAAGAAUCCCUCUCAGCUUUAAAAUGUGCCUAUCUGGAAAAUGAAUGGCAUACAGAUGGCCGCUACCUAUGGUUUUAGGGCUAUUUUGUUAUUAUAGUUCUAAAUCUUAACAGCUGCAGGUAAGGAAGACACAGGCUUUGACACUUCUACAAGUACCAGCUGCUGCCUGUUUUUCCUUCCUAAAUAACAGCUCGGUUGUGGAUCAAAAGUCUUGGUAUCACUGAAACAAAUUUAAUUUUUACGUUUAGGGUAGUGCUAUUGAGGAAUAGUUACUCUGGGUGAGCUGUGACAUUAUGAAGAGAAUUCUAUGGGCUCCAGUUAUGCCUCCUUCUGGACUCUGCCUUUUCUCUCUUCCCAUUCCACCCAUAGCCAAGAAGGUGGUAUAUGUACAGUCUCCUUUGAGGCCACAAUCAAUGCUGUCGAAAGAGUGGGCCAGCAGGGAUUGCUGAAACUGUACAGCCAUCUGUCUUCAUCCUGCUUUGGAGUUGUUUGCUUGUGAAUCCACUCGGGAGAUGAGCAUUGGGAUGCUCCUGAACCUUGGUCUCUCACCCGAGUUUUG